AUGGACGCGUUAAUGAAGGGUUUCUCUAAAGCCAAGGAUGGGGUCGUGGCAGCGGCGGAGAAAACCAAGCAGGGAGUGACGGGAGCGGCAGAGAUGACGAAGGAUGGGGUUAUGUUUGUCGGAACUAAAACAAAGGAUGGAGUCACUACAGUUGCUGGUAAAACCGUGACUGGAGUGUCUCAGGUGGGUGGAGCGAUGGUUACCGGAGUUACCGCUGUGGCUCAGAAAACUGUGGAGGGAGCAGGCAACAUUGCUGCUGCCACUGGAUUAGUUAAGAAGGAUCCAGCCAAACAAGUAAGACAUUCAGUUUUAAAUUGA